UUAGCUUAUCUCUCAAGGUACAGAUUAUAUAAAGGAAUGAUAAGCAGAGAUGCUUCCGUGACAAUGUUAAAUACAGUAAAAGCUCUAUUCCCUUGUGUGGGUCUUCUUCACUAGCUCCACCCCCCCUCUUCCCUCACUUGCUCUUUCUGCUCCUCCUCGUCCCUGAGAGGCGUGAGUUUCUGCCAGAGCCUAAGAGCGCGAGUCAGACCAGACACUCUCUCUGCAGAGUUUCAGCGGGACACAGCAGCCGUAGAAGCCUUCAGUAAACCAAACUCUCUCUCAACUUUACCAGUUUCAGGCUAGCAGCAGCAGUUCCAGUCAGCUAUGGAGACUCCAGGUCAGAAACGAAACACCCGUGGAGGGACAACCACUGUUCUGUCUCCCAACCGUAUCACUCGGCUGCAGGAGAAAGAAGAUCUAAGCAACCUGAACGACCGACUGGCGGUCUACAUCGAUAAGGUGCGCUCUCUAGAGGUGGAGAACGCAGGUCUGCGUAUGCGCAUCACAGAGUCGGAGACGGAGAUCAGCCGCGAGCUGAGCGGCAUGAAAGCGGCGUAUGAGACUGAGCUGGCAGACGCUAGGAAGACUCUGGACUCGGUGGCCAAAGAACGAGCCCGACUUCAGCUGGAGCUCAGCAAGGUGCGAGAGGACUACAAGGAGCUGAAGGCCAGGAAUGGUAAGAAAGAGUCGGAUCUGGAAUCGGCUCUGGCCAGACUGAAGGAUCUGGAGGCUCUGCUGAACUCCAAGGACGCGUCUCUCUCCACAGCACUGGGGGAGAAGAGGUCACUGGAGGUCGAAGGCAGAGAUCUGAAAGCCCAGCUGGCAAAGCUGGAGGGCAGUCUGAAUGAUGCCAAGAAGCAGCUACAGGAUGAAAUGCUACGACGUGUGGAUGCUGAGAAUCGAAUCCAGACCCUGAAAGAGGAGCUGGAUUUCCAGAAGAACAUCUACACUGAGGAGCUUCGUGAGUCUAAGUGCAGACAUGAGUCACGUGUGGUGGAAAUCGACAGCGGGCGCCAGCGGGAGUAUGAGAGUAAACUGUCUGAGGCUUUGAUUGAACUCCGUAACCAACACGAAGAGCAGCUUCGCAUCUACAAGGAUGAAAUUGAGAAGACCUACAACUCCAAGCUGGAGAAUGCCCGUCAGUCGGCUGACAGGAACAGUCAUUUGGUGGGAGCCGCCCAUGAGGAACUGCAGCAGACACGUUUGAGGCUGGAGAGUGUGACCUCUCAGCUCACUCAGCUACAGAAGCAGUUGUCUGCUCGCGAGGCGAAGAUCCGUGAGCUGGAGGAGGCUCUAUCCAGAGAGAGGGACAUGAUGCGCCGUCGUAUGGAUGACAAGGAGAAAGAGAUGGCCGAAAUGAGGCACCGCAUGCAGCAACAGUUGGAUGAGUACCAGGAGCUGCUGGACAUUAAGCUCGCACUCGACAUGGAGAUCAGCGCCUACCGGAAGCUUCUGGAGGGCGAGGAGGAGAGGCUGCGACUCUCCCCGAGUCCUCCUCCUGUCCGUGGGGUGACUGUGACCCGCUCCUCGGGUUCUGGCGCUCAUACACGUGUGGUCCAGAGCAGCAGCAGUCGUACCUCUUCAGGCAGUGCUAAAAAACGGCGCUUAAAUGAUAACGACAGCGAUGCCUCCAGUUUGGUCGGUGGAACUGUUACUCGCACACGCGUUGCCCAGCAGGCCUCUGCCAGCGGCCGUGUGACCGUAGAUGAAGUAGACAUGGAGGGCAAAUAUGUUCGGCUCAGUAACAAAUCUGACCAGGAUCAAACUAUGGGUCACUGGCAGGUGAAGAGGCAGAUUGGUUCCGGCACUCCCAUCGUAUACAAGUUCCCGCCAAAAUUUACCUUGAAGGCAGGACAGACUGUCACGAUUUGGGCCGCAGGAGCAGGAGGAAGCCACAGUCCUCCUUCUGACCUGGUGUGGAAGACCCAGAACUCAUGGGGCAGUGGAGAUCUGUUCCAGACCACCCUCAUCAACUCCAGUGGGGAGGAAAUGGCCAUGAGGAAGGUCACACGCACACUAUUCCAGGAUGAGGAAGAUGAUGAUAUGGCCGCCCACAGCACAUGCGGGGAUAGUGAGUACAACCUCCGCAGCCGUACGGUGGUCUGUGGCUCAUGUGGGCUGCCUUCAGAUAGAAACAGCAGCUGCAUGUCGGCCAGCUCUGGAGUGUCGAGUGCGACUCGCUCCUUCAGCAGUGGAGGGGGGCUGCCUGAAGCAUUUGUCUCUCCCUCACACUUUAUUGUGAGCAAUGACAAGCGCAGACAGGCUGGACCCAAACUAGACAACUGCUCCAUUAUGUAGAGCAAGCUGUAGGCAGCCCUGGCCAUCUGUCAUUUCACACAAACCAGGAGGAAUUUAUCCAACAAUUACUUUCUUUUUGGAUUACUUGUCUUAUUAUUACAUGAUAUAUUUUGUACUUCAUUCUUUGUUUUGUAAUUCAUAAUCUGCGAGGUAGAUUUUUGGCUUUUGUAUGGUAUAAGGCUUCAUACACUGGCAGCUUGUAGGCUGAAGUUUGCUAUUAUUAUAUACAGUGUUACUUUAAUAUAUUUGCAUGGUGGCCUGGCAGCAGCUUCAAAAUAGUUGUACUGUACUCAGGGAGAGAGGCGAACGGAGCACUUCACACUCACACCAUGAACUCUCAACGAGAAAGCUGUCAGAAUGCAACACGCACAGUCAAUACACCUCCAUGACUAAACUCUCAUUAUAACCAGCCUUAGCACAGACUGGUUUUCUAACUCACAUACAGUACGAGGACAAACAGUGAGCAUCAGUUAAUGUAAGACAGGAAAUGAGGGGUCAUUUGUUAUUGUCCCAAACUGUGAGUGUUUUUUAUUGUAUUUUCAUGCUACCUCUCACAGUUACAUGAUCAAAAUUAUGUGCAACUACAAAAGGGCAAGGAAAGUGAGUAAUUCUAUGUAGUUUUGUUAAAGUAAAAAGUUGAAUAGGAACUUUGUAUCUUUUGGCAGUGUGCUUACAAGCUCUGACUAGACUGCAGUGUGUUGUGUCUUGUAUAAUAAGUGUUAUGGAUGUUCUGAAACACUUGAAGCAACUAUAAAACUAAUCCAAAGAGAAUCUCUGUAGCAGUUUGCAACUGCCGUGACGUUAAACAAAAACUUAUGUUUUUAGAAGAAAAUCUUUUGAAGUUUACUUGCUGAGAAAAACAUAUCUGAUGUAUUAUGUGACCAGAGAAUCAUGUUGUGUUUAAAGUACUGAGUACUAAACUAUUGCCGGUUUAAAGAGAUUUAUUUUUGUUUUCAAGCUUAGAGGCAGAAUAUUUAAAUGUGCAAAAUGACCUCCGUCAUUCCCAGCUUUAAUGUUUUAUUAUAAUUAUUUUAUUAUUACAAUGACACUUGAAAUUUUGAGUUUUAUUGAAACCUCAUAUUUACAUAUACACACAAAUAUUAGUUUCUCUAUGGGACUGAGUGUUGAUUUGCUCUUGUCACUCCUCUCUUGCAGUAGAUGGUCCAGAUCCUCACCUGGACAGCUGUAAGGCUCCAGUAAUCGGAGUAGUCUGUCCUUCCCUUCAUCACACACGACACGUCCAUCAGAUUCCAGGCGUAAAAAUAAAAUUGGUUUCAGAAAAAGCUGGAACAGCUUUUAUCAAAGAAAAUUAAGAACAUAACUGAGCCUCCCCACAGCUCUCCAGAAAGAGGACUGGAUAUUGCCGAGAUUAAACAUUUAUUUUAUUGCUUCGCAAAGCUUUGGGUUUCUAAAGGAGAAUUUUGGGGUAGUAGGCCAUAUCUAUUUUUUCUAUGUAUACUUAAGAAUUGUGGUUUUGUAUUUCUGCUUAAAUAGACAUUGAAAUUAUUGUAAUAAGCC